AUGCGACCAGUUGAACUUCCUGUCAAAGUCAAUGACAAGACCAGAGAGCGGCCAACCUAUGAAAUGGCCACCUACUACAUGAUGUACCCCCAUGAGAUUAUUUCCUACUUGUAUAAAUCGGGUUUGGAGAUCGACAAGAAAGCCGUCCAACACUUUUGGAGAACAUCUCGCUCCAAUGGUGAGCAAUGGGCGUUAUUCAGCAAAGCUUCUGAAUCACACGUUCCCCUUGGAUUCUACGGGGACGGCGCCACAAUGAUACUUAAAUAUGGGAAACAGGAAUCUGUCAUUGGAUUGUUCAUGAACCUGGUUUUGUGGAGACCGAAAACGGUACGAUGCAGUCGAUUCCUCUUAUUCACAAUAGAGGAGGCACGAUUAUGGAAGUUCCACAGUUUGAACAUAGUCUUGAGGCAAAUAGUCUGGUCGUUCAACCUUUUGUACUCUGGCCUACAUCCUGCAGUUGGGAUGAGAGGGGAACAACUACCACCAGACAUGAUGAGACUGGCCAACACCCCAAUAUGUGAAAAUCGGGAUGUCUUCACUGUUACGGAAAUCCGUGGAGAUUGGAGUUGGAUGAAAAAAAUUCUGAGGAUGAGGGCAAGCUGGCAGGGACGUAGCACAUGCCACCUGUGUAGCGCAAAAUCAACCAGGCCAUACUCUGAUAGAUACUACAACUUUGAGUCAGCGUCAUGGGAUGUGCAACCUUUCGAAUAUUCUCUAGCUCAAUUUCUGAACGUUGAGAUGCCAACAGAAGGGAUUUGUCCACUGAUUGCAUUGAUCAAUUUCAGCCCUGGUGUUCUCCGAUGGUGCAUUAUGCACGUGGUUCAUUUAGGAAUCCUCUACGUUUGCAACGGGGCCUGUCUGAAAAUGUUGCUCGAUCUUGGCUACUUCACCCCAAAGGAGGAGAAGAUGUCUCACAAGCUCGCGGUAGCCUACAGGACACACAUGGCCCGAAUGCUGGGACUAAUGGAGCGAGCACCGCGGUUUCU